AUGCAUGUACUAGCCUUGCCUCCUCCGACUUCACUUCCUCUCACGCCGUUUGGGCGACGUCAAGAGCCCGGGAACGGCCUGGUCAAGUUUUCGUCGCAGUUCAGUCCCGGUAGGUCUGGACAGUACAGCUAUCCAUCACCUCCCAUGUCAGAUUCCCAAUCUCCCGCCCGCCGCUCAGCCCAGCUUGUUGAAUCCGAAGGCCAACCGUAUCCCACAGCAGUGAGCGAAGCGCGCAGAAGAGAAGGGAUCCCGCCGCCGCCGCUAAUUCUCGACCCACGCGCAGCGACGUCUACUCAGAGCAUCCUGCAUCAACGUCCGCUUUAUCCGGGGGAAUCCCAGCAGCGAGGUCAGCCACUUCACUACCCGCCAACUGGCCGGGAAGUGGAGCAUCAUUCGUACGGUGGUGUGCAGCUUCCUCAGAACUAUGCAUAUCCGUAUCCAGGAGGUGGUGGUGGUGGUGUUCCUUCCUUUCUCGGAGCCCAAGGGCCGGGUCCCCAAGUUCAGCCGACGGCUAUCAUAGCUCCACCACCUCUCAGACCGAACAAGCCUGCGAGGAGAACGAAGGCGCACGUAGCGUCCGCAUGUGUCAACUGUAAAAAGGCACAUCUCAGUUGUGAUGUACAACGGCCAUGUGGUCGGUGCGUUGCUUCUGGAAAACAGGAUUCGUGCAAGGACGUGCAGCACAAGAAGAGAGGAAGACCGAGACUAAGAGACGACAAGGAGUUUGGAAGGAGCGAUGAAGGAAGACCAACGCCUACCCAGCUUCUAGGAGCCCUACCCGUGCCCGGUUCGGAAGCUUACUCGCAGCAAACCUCGUUUCCAUCCUCGCAUCGUGCGACGGACCCACUCAGAGUAUUGAGAAGACCCACGCAGGCGUCCGAGGGUAUUCCAAAUAUCCACCCACAGCCCAUCGCGCAGUCCGCGGGAGGACGUCCAACAAGCGUUGGCAGUUAUGGCAGAGUGUCGUCCUCUCCGUACCUCGUGGGACCCAGUUUGACGUACCAGGCGCUCCCCGUAGCGUUUCUAAAUCUAGAUCUAGUCGUCUUGAAGUCAAACCAAGCGUUCCAAGAUCUAGUGCCGUUCCUAGGGAACACGCGGGGAAAGAACCUCAGUGAGCUGCUGGAAUCGCGGCAAACGGACGUCCUGCAACGACUACGUAACGAACUGCGCGAUGAGAAAGACGAGCGAGAGCCUACAUUUAUGCCACCUAUUACACAGAAAGGGCAGGAUCUUGUGCAAUCGGUGGCAGAGAACGACGUCGACCAGGUCAGUCAAGGGUACACUGACAGAACACACCUCCUCAACUUCCGACUUCCGAGCGGCCAGUACCAGUCUCUCCAGACACAGAUCCGGCUGGCGAAGACAUCAUUGUACUUCGUUACUUUAGUUGUGCAUACUCCACCCCGACCUACGGGUCCUCCUCUUCUAACGCAGCAGCUGGCUCCACCGACACCAGUUCGUGCCUCGCAAACGCUGUCAGCCCCUACGACUGCGCCCGCGAGGGACUUUGGACCAUAUCCUGUGCGACCGCCAUCUUCUGCGAGUUCGGCCCCAACCUCCCCCUACUUCAAUUUCUCCUCAGUCCGUACUUCUCUUCCUCAGGCUCCUCCUCUUAGCUCAACUAGCUCGUAUGGAAGUAGUCAAUCUUACCAAUACUCGCCCACCGCUGGUCCUGAGCAAGGCUACUUUCCAACAAUUCAGCCACCGUCACAGCCAGGAGCGUAUCCGUCCCCCUACCCUCCAGUCUCUAGAAGUAUUUCGGGCUCUAUGGGUUCCCCAAGGGGACAGGAACCUUUACGUGACUCGAAUAGACCCCCCCGACUCGAAGGGCUCCAUCUCCCACCGAUUCGAACAGCGCCUCCCCCUCCUCUUCCUUCGCCUUUGGGGCAGGAGUUUGGGGAAAGCUCGCGAGAACGUGUACGACAACGCGAAGCGUCACCCUCGACGACCGCCGAACGAGUAGACACGCCGGACACGGGAAAACGAAGAAGACUAAACAUUCACGAAGUGCUCGAAUAA